AUGUCAGUCUAUCUCGCAGGCCGCAAGGUCAUUUCGUCUGGCACGCUUGCUCCGCGUGCCACAGCCCUCCAGGCCGAGCUCGUUGCCGCUUGUGGCAAGGAAAACACGGCCAUCCUCAACCUCGACGGCCUGCUCGCCGGCGACGACAGCCUGAGCCCUGAAAUUGAGGCCACCCGUCAGGUGCAGGCGGCCUUUUCCGGCCUCAAGGACAAUGUCUCCCUCUUUGUCAUUGACGCCCGUGACCUCGAGCCCAGCGGUCGCGAUCCCAUCUGGGAGGUGCCCCUGGACGAGUGGAACCAGCACAAGACCGCUACGCAGGUCGUCCAGCAGCGCACCCUUCUGCAGGUGAAGCUGUUGCUGCAGAAACAGCUCAGCCUGUCCAAGGACGGCGCCACUCUGCAGCCCUUUUUGCUGGUCAUCGUCGGCUACCGCGACACAUUUGACGGUGCGCUGGAUCCCGUCAUUGCCAAGCUGCAACGGGACGUGACGUGGCUGCAGCGGGAGUCGUCCGUUGCGUUCCUCGACCUGGCCUCGACGGCCAGCGAGCCCACAGAGCAGUCCAUUGCCGCUGCCAUUGGCAUCCUCGCGUCGUCGCGGUCGUCGCACGGCGUCACGUCCAUCAACGCCGUCUGGGGCCUCCACGGCGCCAACACCAACAACACCGCCUCGUCCCAGGACGCGACCGACGUCUCCGACCUCUCCAUCCACCCGACCCUCGCGAAGAAGAAGCCCACCGUCAAGAUUGCCCUUUCCUUCGACUUUGACGCCCUCUCCGCGUUCCUCGGCACCGGCGACCACCCCGACAACAAUUUGGCCGACUACAGCACGGGCGUCUUUUCGGGCCGCGUCGGCGCCCGCCGUCUGUUGCGGAUGCUCCAGAAAUACCAGGUCGCCGACAAGGUCACCUGGUUCAUACCCGCCCAUACCAUGGAGACGUUCCCCGAUACGUGCAAGGAAAUCACUGAAUCGGGCGCCGAGAUUGGCCUGCACGGCUACGCCCACGAAGGCGCCUACCAGAUGACCGUCGAGCAGGAGCGCGACGUCUUUGCCAAGUGCGUCAAGACGGCCCAGGCGCUGACGGGCAAGAAGGUGCUCGGCUGGCGCGCGCCCAUGUACCAGCUGCGCGAGACCAGCAUUGCGCUCCUCAAGGAGUUUGAGUUCUUGUACGACUCCUCCCUCAGCCACCACGACUCGCAGCCCUACUUGACCCCCAGCGACCCGCCCGUCGAGCGCAUCGACUUUUCGAAACCGGCCAGCUCCUGGCUCAAGCCCACGCCCCUCGGCGGCAUGUACGACUGCCGCGACGGGUACCCGCUCGUCGAGAUUCCGAUCGGGUGGAAUAAUGAAGACAUGAUGGCCCUCCAGUACUACCCCCAUGUUGCCAACACCAACGGCAACGUCGACUCGCGCGUCGUGGAGCAGCGCUGGAAGGACAUCUUCUUGUGGCUCUGGGAGAACGGCAAGGCCGAGUCGGACGACGGCACCUUCAUCUUCCCGCUGCUGAUGCACCCGGACACGAGCGGCCUCGCGCACGUCAUGGCCAUGGCGGACCGGUUUGUCGGCUGGCUGCGGAGCUGGGGCGACUCGGUGGAAUUUGCGACGUACGAGACGAUUGCCCGCGAAUUCCUCAGCAAGAAGGGCAUGACACCCAAGGUGUAA